AAUGGGGAUACAUUUCCAUGCCAGUUUUGAUUGGUUUAGAUAAAUUCCCCUAUGGUUGUCAACGUCAGGUUUUAUCGGAGUGUAGCGAGAUUUUUUUAGUGGAAGACAGUCGUGGGACGCGUUAGUCACGCAAUUUUGAUUUGCGUUUAAUUUAAAUAUAAAAGGACUUUCUCCUCUGGGAAAAUCGACGGGUCAGGUCUUUGGGCCGAGAUCGGGAACGUAACUAAAACGGUAAACUAAACAGCUGGUUCCCGUUACCAGUUAUUUUAUUUAUAUCCCGAAUUUUAAAUUUAAAUUGACAUUCGCUCGGGUUUAACAAAAUCUUAUUAGUAAACCGUAGCCCGUCCGAAAUCGGGACAGACCGAGGAAGAGUUUACCAAUAAUGUAUAUAUCUCCGUCGUCGCUCCAGGAAGUCUGUGUCAAUUAUAUCUGUGAUAAUCUGCUGGCUUUGACAGAGAGGGUAUGGGACUGUAAAGAAACAGUAUUGACGAACCAGUGUAAAUCCACAAAGAGGAAGCCGCAGAGGGGCAUACGGUUGACUUUCAAAGACACCGAGGCCUACUUUCACUCCGAAAUAUCCGAACAGCUCCUCCGCACUCUCUGCCUCAAGAAAAAGCUCAAUGACUUGACACUCACACUCUUCGAACCACAAACAACAAGGCUCAGAUGCGUCUCAAUUCCAAAUGCAUCGAACCUAUCUAAGGAGGGCCUGCGCGUUUUGAAAGGGCACAAGAUAACUGAUUUAGAAGCCUGCGGUCUUAAAUUUACGGUCAAUGAUCUGGUCACAUGUCUUGGGGAAUGGACACUUCAUAACCUGAGAACGUUGAAUGUGGCGAGGAGCACUUUCACAGAGGGCUCACGCCACUGUGUCAUGAUUGCUCUUUCAAAAUUAAAGUCGCUUCACUCCCUCGAUGUCAGCGGCACCGAGUUCAACAGGCAUGCCCUCGACAUUGUCGUGGAAGAUCUCCCUCACUUAGAAAGUCUAGAUAUAUCUAGCACAAGAGUGGAUGACAUAUCGCCGCUUAGGAAAUGCAAACACAGACUGAAACAUUUAGUUAUGUAUAAUUUGAAGUUUAUAAUAAUUGCGUCGUGUGAAGACGUAUUGCUGGAAUUGAAAGAGUUGAGAACUCUCGAUGUUUCGGAAGAGAGAGAAAGUUACACGCUUGAGAUGUUUGAACCUGGAGGAGCAAUGAUGAUGAAAUUCCUACAAACGCCAUCAGCACUUCCACAUUUAACAUCAUUAGACAUAUCAGGGAAAGGUGAAGUUAGUCGUAAAGUUUUAACAACGUUCUUGCAAGAGCAUAAAAAUUUAAGGUAUCUUGGGCUUGUCAAUCUAGAAAUUUGCUCCGAAGAAUGUUUCAUAAACCCAAAGCAUCCAGAUUACAAUCCAAACCUACAGGUAGGGGGCGUCGCCAAUGAAGAACAAAUUUUACUAUCAUUAAAAAAGUAUACAAACAGGCAAAUGUAUGUGCAGAAGUGCCUUUACAAUUUAUUUCGACUGACCCAGUCAUUCACAGAAGCCCGAGUGGAUAUAAUUGACCUUGUUUUAAACGGGAUGGAGCUUCAUCCAGAAUCUUGUGGAGUUCAGAUGGCAGCGACGGCAUGCCUCUAUAAUCUCACAAAAAGUGAGCUGGGUACGAAAAUUCACCCGCAGACACUAGCCAAAGUAGUCAACCUCUGCCUCCUCGCCAUGGAGAACUUCUCUGGACAUUAUCAACUUCAGAAGAACACACUAUUGACACUCUGCAGCGACCGAAUUCUACAAGACGUUCCUAUAAAUAGAUUUAUGUGUGCCAAGCUGGUCUUAGAUUCUCUUUGUACGUUCGAGGAUGCUUCGAUGAAUCGCAUGAGCGUAGCUAUUUGUUCUAUUUUAGCUGCUAAAAUAUCAACACUGGAAACUUCAAAAUUAGGCUCCAAUAAUGUCUAUAUGCAUAAACUUCUUAGAUUAGUUAGAACUAAAAAGGCAUCCAGGACAAUUGAUAUCACUAUGAAAUUCACGCUGAGUGCUUUAUGGAAUCUAACAGACGAAUCUCCGACAACAUGUGAAGUUUUCUUAGAAGAAGGCGGCCUCACGUUGUUCCUAGAAGUGUUACAGACAUUUCCAGGUGAGACGUCUGUUGAAACAAAAGUCCUAGGUCUAAUCAACAACAUCGCUGAAGUGCCAAAACUCAGGCAUUGCCUCCUCCAAACAUUUUUUAUCACGACACUAAGAGGGCUUCUUCAUUCAAAACAAAUUGACGUUUCUUAUUUCGCUGCUGGGAUUAUGGCACAUUUGGCCGCUGAAGGACAGACCGCCUGGGCCAAUUGUGAAGUUUCUAGGAAUGUUAUUCUCGAAGAGCUUGGAGAGGUUGUGAUAAGUUGGGAGGCCCCUGAAGGUGAAAUGGUCGCUUAUAGGUCAUUCUUUCCAUUUAUUUCCCUCUUAUCAUGCAAUGAUGUACCACAAGUGCAGUUGUGGGCUGUGUGGGCAAUUCAUCACGUUUGCACAAAAAAUCCUCUAAGGUAUUGUCCAAUGUUGGAAGCAGAAAGGGGAAGCGAACUAUUGCACACGAUGUGGUCAAAUCCAAAUGUUGACGCUCGAGUCAGGCACAUUUGCGGACGGAUCGAAGCAUUGUUAGAGAGUUGUAGAAAUUCAGGAGAAGCCAGUCCUUAUCCUCAGCAGACAAGGUGACACCGUUGCUGAAAAUGAUGCAAAAUCCCAAUUGUUUUCCUGCAGUGGCUUUAUUUUUCAACUUGUUAAAAAUGAAACUUGAAACAAUUUGGAAUAGUUUUUUAUUUAAAUUUUUGAAAUGUGGUUGUUGUAAUUUUGUUUUCGAUUUUAUUAGUUAUUGCUUGCCGAUUAGAUGCAAUGGCUAACUACUGUACAGUACAUUUGUAAAUAGCAUGUAUAUGAUUAGUUAUUGAUGAUAUAUAAAUUGAAUGGAAAACAAAAUACUACUAUUAUGUUGUUUGUUUUUUAAAAGUAUUUAUUGUUUUGAUUUAGAUUUUCAAAAUAAGAACAAAACAUGGAUUAUUUAUGUUUACAGGAGAAUCUCUAUCAUCAUAAGUGAUAACAUUAACAAUGAGUGAUUUAUAAAUAUUUAAAGUUUGUUUUAUUAAUGUAUUAAAUUAAACUCUACAAAUCUGUAUUGAUUUGGUACUUUUUGAAAUGAAUUUUAUAAACUGUGUAAACAUUCUAUUGAAUUGGUGAGUCCGAUGCAUGCCAGUAACAAUUUAUAAUUUCAUGCUAGCCAACACGAAACGCCCUCAAUGUCAAUAAAAUUAAAAUUUUAAUGAAUAAAAUUUGAUCAUCUGGCCAACAUUUUUCUCAUAUUUAAUUAACUUUGAUACCUUUGAUUUGGUACCAAACUAGUGAUUAAUGGACAAAUAAUUGUGGUUGUAAUAUUUUUUAUUAUUUUUUUUUUCAAAAGCAUUUUAUAGGUGAAAAUAGAAAUUUGAUAAAGAAAUUUUA